GCACGGCGACACAAUGCCGCCCAGGAGGUCCCAUAAGAAGAGCAAGGCAGGGUGUCAGCGCUGCAAGAACCGAAAGAUAAAGUGCGAUGAAGUACACCCUGUCUGCGGCAACUGCCAUAAACAUGGCGUUUCGUGCGACUUCGAAGGAUCCCUCACUCCCUCAGAAAACACACCCGGUACACCUGGUGCCCCGACACCAUCCUUUGUAAGGAACGAUUCCGCCAGCCAUGCCUCCUCCACUUCUACCCCACGAUCCCCCUCCACCGCCCUUCCCUUCAACCAAAACCCCAGCCAAAUGGUCCGAGCCAAUUCCAACCACGCGUCCUCCCGGCUGCUUGAACUAAAGCUCAUGCAUCACUUCACAGCCAUCACCUCGCAGACCUUCUCAGACACCCCAGAGCAAAAGUUGGCCUGGCAACUUGCCAUCCCUUCCUUAGCCUACGACGAACAAUGCCUCAUGGAUGCCAUUCUCGCAGUCUCGGCUUUGCACCUGCGUGCCCUCCAGCCAGGCGAUCAAGCCUUGAUUCGCGCUUCACACGGAUAUAUGGCCUCGGCAUUAGCACAAUACUCUUUACUCCUCAACAGAGGCGUCUCUGCCUUCAACGCUGAGGCUCUCUUCUCAACUUCUGCUCUGAUAGCCUUCCAAGCAUCUGCCUCGCGCCGCUUCGACGAAGACGGAGGCUACACCAUCCCCCUGGCCUGGUUCCACUCCUUCCAAGGCGUAAAGACAGUAGUGAUGGCAAGCUGGCAGUGGUUACGGACCUCAGAUCGCAUAUACCCCAUCAUCAACAGCCAACCAGCCCUAGCACUCAACCUCGACCCGGAAAGAAAGUCCUUCUUUGCGCCACUAUUGGAAGGAAUGGAAGAACAGCUUGAAGCUUUGCCCGAGAGACAGAGAGCCGAGACCAGGCAAGCGUAUGAGCACUCCGUGGCUUUCCUGAAUUGGUCCCAUCAACUUCCGGCCCGGAACCGCAUCCUCGGUUUCGCAGCUACAGUCUCCCGACGAUUCGUUGAGCUACUCGAUCAACAAGAUCCCCGGGCUCUAGUGAUCGCUUCAUGUUUCUUCGCCUUAACUAAAGUCGUCGACGACGUGUGGUGGCUGCAAGGUAUCGCGAAGAAGGAAGUGAAUGGGAUUUGUAGUUUACUGCCGAGCUCGUGGUGGCCGAAGAUGGAGUGGCCGCUGAGGAUUGCGAAUUUUGAGGGUCCGAUGGAUGAGCAGACUUGGGGAAAGAGCGGGGAGAGUGAGGUGGAGGUGAAGAUUGAGCCGUGGAUGGCGUGCGAUGUGACGGAUCAUAUUGAUCUGCUGGCGCAGAUUAUGAAUGAGCAAGUGCCUCCGGAUUGAGGGGGCAGAACAGGGAGUACUUGAGAUAAUUGGGAUAAAGGUCGGCGUUGAGGUUGAUGAGCCGCGGCUCGAUGGAUCCCGUUAAGGAAAAAGAGUAAUGAGGACAAGUGGGAACGGCGCGAAAGGAAAAGCUGGUCUGUAGAGGCU